AUACAUCUGUCAUGAAUACUAAGGUGCUGCUCCUCCUCGGCCUGGCUGCUCUGGCCUCAGCCGACACUCCCAGAUACGCCUACAGUGCUCCUCGGGAUUCAUUCGAAGAUGACGCCAAGUAUAACUUCCAGUGGGCCGUCGACCACGACGACUCCGGCAACCGCUUCGGCCACCAGGAGGCUCGCGACGACGACAACACUCAGGGAUCCUACUACGUGCAGCUCCCCGACGGCCGCCUCCAGACCGUCAAGUACUUCGUGGACGGCGACUCCGGCUACGUGGCCGAGGUCAACUACGAGGGCGAGGCUCGCUACGACUCGCACGAGUCUCGGGAAACGUUCAGAGCCAGACCCGCGUACUCCGCUCCCACUCCUCGCUUCGACUCCCAUGAAUCCCGUGAGAGAGUCGCUCCCGCUCCCUCCAGGCCUCGUCACUUCGACUCCCUCGAAUCCCUAGAAAUCCCCAGCCGCCUCUUCAACUCCCGCGAGUCCCUGGAGGACAUCCGCAGGCAGUAUGGCUUUUGAAGGAUUACGAGCAACACAGACGAUGGACUUAGAUCGACUUAAACCUAAUUGUGUGAAAGUAUUUAUUGUUGAACGAGCGUAUUAAAACUGAUAAUAAGC